AAAGUAAUUCAGUACAAACUGCCUAUGUGGAGCUACUUGUUACGGUACGCGAGUUUGGGGGCCAAAGUCAAAGGCAUCAUGGCAUGGAACUGCAGCAACGGGCACACAGGGGGAGUGUGUAACGUCCAGGGGGCAUGCCAUGCAGCGUCGCACAGUGUAAGCACAAGCCUAGGCGCAAGCGCAAGUGUGGACGUGGGCAUGCAGGACACAGGUGUCGGUAUCGUGGCAUGGGGUUACGAUUACAACACUUAUGCAUCUAAGGGCAUAGGCGCAAGGUGGAACGCUCAAGAGGUAGCGGGCCUUGCCAGUGGAGGCCUCGAGACACGGGUCCACACACGAGCGACUUGGCUUGAGGCACUGGCGCGCAUGGGAGCAGCCAAGAGCAUCCACAGAGCGUGCAAUGCCAGCAGCGGAAAAAGUGUCGACACGCAAGAAAUACACGGGGUUAUGGUGUCGACAUGUUUGCAGCGGACUGGAAUGGUCCAGAACUCUCUAGAAGUUGCUAGGCGCGCGGGAACAAUUCUAGACAAGGGUCUGGAAGGGCUUAAUGGGCUAAGCCCGACCUGGGAAACUCCUGGGGCCUUGUACAUAAUUCUAGAAUGGGUUGUUCUAGAAUAAUGUAAGACUAGACUAGGAGGGAGAGUAGAGAAGGUUAUGGAAACUGUACAUAUGAGGGAAUUUUGUGGAGUGUUCUAGAGACUCACCUGCAGAGGGACUUGGGCCAGACCUCCUCUAUAAAUAGGGAGGCCAAAUAGAAGAGAGAGUUAGUUGGCUGAGAGAGUGGGUUGGAAAAAGAGUGAGCUGCUUGGUGAGUGAGUGCAAAGAGGGUUUAUACUCAAGCUCUUGUACACUUCCUUGUGAUCUUAAUAAAUUUUCUUCUUCUCC